AUGGCAUCACGUGAUCGCACCGGCGAGUUUCUACAGUAUCGUAGCGUGCGGCCACGGCACCCCGACGCGCAGCGGCUGCUUGAGGAGGAGGAGCAGCUGUACAGCACCUAUGUCACCCCGCUUUGGGUGGAGAAGAUGGAUGACGUCCGCGCCAUAGAAAGGAAGAUUCAGGAGCAGAUGGAAGUCCUUGAGGGCCUGCGGCGCAAUCACCUCAAGAUUGAAUUCAGCUCAAGCCGGGACGAGGGUCAAGAGGAGCUUCGAAUUGAGCGGGCACAGGACGUCAUUGAUAGCCUCUUCAAGCAGUGUGAGAAGGUCGUGAACGAGCUGGAAACCUCCUACAUGCGUGACCUUCCGGAUAGCGGCACAGAUGUGGAGCUGAGUAUUCUUCGCAACGUAAAAAUGUGCCUCGUCAAUGAGAUUAACAACAUCAGCAAAGUAUACCGUGAGCGACAACGUCGUUAUAUGAUGGACGUGAAAAAGCAGCAGGCAGUGGCUCAACGUUGGGCGGGUGGCGAGCAUCAGCGCGUCAUUGAACAACAGCUGGAGGCGGACGCUGUGGUGGAUCAGUAUCUUCAGAAGGGCAUGACACAAGAGCAGGUAGAGACUAUUUUGCUGAAUCACCAUAUGGUGGAUGAACGCGUGAAGGAGUUUGACAGGAUAUACGCAUCAAUCAAGUCCUUGCAUGACAUGUUUAAAGACAUGAACACCCUUGUCAUUGAGCAGGGUGCUGUAAUUGAUCGCAUAGACUACAAUAUGACAGUGGCACACACACGUGUUCAAAAGGCUAGGGCAGAACUGCAAAAAGCGGCUGAAUACCAACAAGCAGGGGGUUUCAAAAUUUGUGUGUUAUUUCUAGUCGUUCUUAUCAUUGGGCUGUUGCUUGCCCUGCUCGUGAAGGCGAUGGUUUGA